AUGGAGGAGGACAUGGAUGAGAUCGACGACGUUCCUCAGGUUUACAUGGCCUGCAUACAAAAUGGUCAUAGAAUAGGAGUUUCUUAUUAUGAUUCCAGCAUUCGACAACUUAAUGUGCUUGAAGCUUGGGAUGACGGGGACAAUGGUUUUUCAGUUAUUGAUCUCGUGAAAUAUCAAGCAAACCCUCUGGUCAUAUACACAAGCACUAAAUGUGAUGAAUCUUUCUUGGCUACUCUACAACAAAGUGAUGAAGUAGCUGAGGCUCCUACAGUAAAGCUUGUCAAAAGUUCAAUAUUCAGCUAUGAGCAAGCAUGGCACAGAUUAAUUUACCUUCGGGUGGCGGGAAUGGAUGAUGGAUUAGACGUCAAGGAAAGGAUUUACUUUUUGAGCUCCAUGAUGGACAUGGGAAGUGAAGUACAAGUUCGUGCUAGUGGUGGCCUUCUUGCAAUAUUAGAGAAUGAAAGGAUCGUUGACACACUUGAGCAAAAAGAAUCUGGAAAUACGUCAAUUACAAUAGAUUCUUUAGCAGAAAUUUCACUAAAUAACUUUAUCAAACUUGAUGCAGCAGCUCAUGAAGCAUUACAAAUAUUCCAGAUAGACAAGCACCCAAGCCACAUGGGAAUUGGUAGAGCAAAAGAAGGGUUUUCUGUAUUUGGAAUGAUGAAUAAGUGUGUCACUUCAAUGGGUAGGCGUCUUUUGAGACAGUGGUUCUUGAGGCCCAUACUUGAUCUUGAAGUUCUAAACUACCGAUUAAAUUCUAUAUCUUUCUUUCGAUGCUCAGAAGAACUCGUUACUUCUUUACGUGAAACCCUGAAAUCUGUGAAGGACAUUCCCCACUUGCUGAAGAAAUUUGACUCUCCAAGCUCCAUAUGCACUAGCACUGAUUGGGCAGCACUUCUGAAGAGUAUCAGUGCACUAUUGCAUGUAAACAAGAUAUUUGAAGUUGGAAUUUCCGAAGGUCUUCAAGAAGAAUUGAAGUACUUGAAUUUGGAUAUUGCUGAGAGGGCAAGUUCAUGCAUAACAACGGAGCUUGCUUAUGUCUAUGAGCUGAUAAUUGGGGUUAUUGAUGUAAAUAGAACUAAAGAGAAGGGAUAUAUGACAGUGGUGAAAGAAGGCUUCUGUGAUGAGUUGGAUGAGCUAAGGCAAAUAUAUGAGGAACUGCCAGAAUUCCUAGAAGAGGUUUCAUCAUUGGAGCUUGCACAACUCCCCGAUCUAUGCAAAGACAAGUUUGUUCCCUGUAUUGCUUAUAUAGCGCAAAUAGGAUAUUUAAUGUGCAUCUUUGAAGAAAAACUGGAAGAAGCUACUAUGGAGAAACUUAUAGAAUGGGAAUACAUUUUUUGUGAUGAAGAUGAAGAGACAAAAAAAUACUUUUAUCGCACGCCAAAGACACAAGAGUUGGACAAUCUUCUGGGAGAUAUCUAUCAUAAAAUUCAAGAUAUGGAGCGGGCGAUAACCCGAGACUUGUUUUCACAUGUAAUAUCGUUCUCAACCCAUUUGAUAAAGGUUUCAACCUUUGCUGCUGAACUGGACUGCUUUUUGUCAAUGGCCUUGGUUGCUCGACAGAACAAUUAUGUCAGACCUUUAUUGACUGAAGAGAACUUGCUCGAUAUAAAAAAUGGAAGGCACGUUUUACAGGAAAUGACUGUAGACACGUUUAUUCCUAACGAUACUAAGUUUUUUCAUGAAGGAAGAGUUAAUAUCAUUACUGGUCCUAACUUUUCUGGGAAGAGUAUCUAUAUAAAACAGGUGGCUGUAAUUGUUUUCCUGUCCCACAUCGGUAGUUUUGUGCCAGCUGAUGCAGCAACUGUUGGGCUGACAGAUAGAAUAUUUUGUGCGAUGGGAAGCAGGCUUAUGACAGCAGAGCAAUCUACGUUUAUGAUUGAUCUACAUCAAAUUGGGAUGAUGCUGAGGCAUGCUACUUCACGAUCUCUGUGUCUGGUGGAUGAAUUCGGUAAAGGUACUCUUACAGAAGACGGCACUGGUCUACUUGCUGGGGCCAUAAAUCACUUUAUCACAUGUGAUGAGCCUCCAAAGGUUUUCAUAUGCACCCAUCUGAUGGAUUUAUUGCAUGGGUGUUCUUUAACCAAGUCUGAGCAGAUUAAGUUCUACACAAUGAGUAUACUGAGGCCCGAAGUCAAUUUAACUCGGAUGGAAGACAUCAUUUUUUUAUAUAGGCUUAUCCCUGGGCAUGUGCAUCAUAGCUAUGGGCUGCACUGUGCACUGCUUGCAGGUGUGCCAGACGAAAUUAUUAAAAGAGCAGCAGUUGUAUUGGACGCUGUUUCAAAAAACAAUUGUGUUGAGAGGUUAUGCAAUCAGAACAUCUCUGCUAAAGAUGAUGAGUACAAGGAUGCCAUGGAUAAAUUGCUGAAAUUCGACAUUGACAGAGGCGACUUAAACCUAUUUUUUGAGGAGAUAUUCUCCAGUUCCUAA